GAGGGGUUUUGCGGAGAAGUUUGUGUAAGAAGAAAAACUGCGGUACUUUUUCAUGUAGCCCUUCAACAAGUUGAAACGGUGAGUCGGAUCAAGGAGGAGCAGCUUUGUCCAAACAGCCAAUUAUGGAAAUUCCUGCCAUAAAUCUAAAGGCCAUCGUGCUGGUGCACUGGCUGCUUACAGUCUGGGGGUGUAUGGCGGGGUCGCCGUGGUCAUUUGCAUGGUCAAACUUUAGUGUUUUAGCAGUUGGAGUGUGGGCGAUUGCACAGAGGGACUCGAUAGAUGCGGUGAUCAUGUUUCUGAUAGGGAUGAUUUUGACAAUAUUGACCGACAUCAUCCAUCUCGGGAUAUUCUACCCCCUUAAUACCGUGAGCAACUUGUUUCGCUUCAGCUCAGGGAUGGCCAUCUUCAACCUGCUGCUCAAACCCAUGUCCUGCUUCUUCGUCUACCAAAUGUACCGCGAGCGAGGAGGAGAUUACAAUGUCAACUUUGGUUUCCCUUCUGUAUCACGAAACAGAGAUGAUUAUCAGUCCAUUGACCAUCAGGAUGACUCUUCUACCUCAGGAAAUCCCUUCAACCAGACCCCAGACAGCAAACCAGGAGCCCGCACAUACUGAGCGAAGCAGCCGUUGGAACAAUGCUGCGUUUUCUUUUCAGCAACGUCGUUGCUCUUUGGGACAGAUAUUGAAAUCCGUUCUGUUGUUGUCCCUGUUUUGUACAGUUAGUUACAUCUGAAAAAGUCUUAUUGUGCUAAAUAAUCAUCUGUUUGAAUGUCAGAGUGAAAUGUGGCAUGAUUAAAUCCCUGUCAUUUCAUAUUUUGGCACAUGACUGCUGAUCAUAUGCAGAGGAAACACUGUUCUCCCAUUCUCAUUCUGUGUUGCUGUACUUUUCACCUUCUAUUUUUAGUAGACGGGUGUUGAAUGGAGCUGUUGUAUCGACAGCGUUUUUUUUCUGUUACCUUUUACCUAUUGGGUAUUUCCCCCCCCCCCAAAUGUGGCACUAAGAGGCCGUUUCUUUGUGUAAGCGGUAUGUUAAUAUUUUCUUUCUUUUUUUUGUACAAUGCAGUACUGCUGAAGAGAGUGGGCUGUUUUUGCUGAGCCUUGUUACCCUUUGCUUUUGUACUUUUUCACCUAAUGUGAGAUUUGAAAUGCUUCAACUAAACUGGCCAGAACUGAAGUUAAUGUUUGCUAACUUGGCAUAAAAAAUAAUCUCACUGCAAUGCAGAUGGACUCCAUUCAUUAAUGCUGAUCUUUAGUGUUUGCAAAGUCCGCACCAAGACUUGUCCAUAUCAAGUCACCAAUCUACUGAAAUGUAAUAGAUAUAAAGACUGCUGAUUUUUGUAACAUCACAUUAUCAGUUAAUGUUUAUAAAAAACCAAAAGGAUUGUUGUCUUUGUCAUUCUAACAGGUACAAGUAAAGGGUUUUUAGAAGGCCGU